AUGGCUUCAUCUGUCCAUCAGGUCGUUCAAGACCCCAGAGUGAUUCAGGGUAAAGACCCCGAAAUCAGUAUCAAAUAUGGUCAUGAUGGCGACACCACGACGAACAGCUCGACAGAGCCGGCACCACACAAACAUCCAUGGCUGCACUGGCAUGAGCCAGGCACAUCAAAAGCCGACAAGAGAUUAAUCUUUAAACUCGACUUUUUCCUGCUCAGUUUCAGCUGUCUCUACUUCUUCAUCAAACAGCUUGAUCAAAACAACAUCUCUAAUGCUUACGUUUCGGGUAUGCAGGAGGAGCUCAAGUUCGGACCGGGAAACGAACUUAGCUGGAUGAAUACCUAUUUCAACAUUGGCGUUAUCAUCGGAGGUCCUAUAUCUAAUCUGACGCUGACCAAAAUCCGACCUCGAUUUUGGCUGCCUGGGUGUCUUUUGGCUUGGUCUUUAUUCGUGCUCGGCUUUUCCAAGUCUACAAAGGCGUCCGAGUUUUAUGCUUUGCGAUUCUGUGUUGGUCUCUUUGAGUCUGCGGCCUGGCCUGGAGUUCAGUAUGUACUUGGAUGUUGGUACAAGAGAUCCGAGAUUGCACGACGCAGUGGCUUAUUUGUGAUGUCCGGCGUCCUGGGUCAGAUGUUUUCGGGUUAUUUGCAGUCUGCGCUCUAUCGUGGCAUGGAGGGAAAAGGUGGAUUGUCUGCUUGGCGAUGGCUUUUCAUUUUUGAUUUCAUUCUAGCGGUGCCGGUUGCGCUUUACGGUCUAUUUUUCUAUCCUGACACGCCGCAGAACACUCGAGCCUUUUACUUGUCUGAAAUUGAACGGGAGCGUGCAAGAACCCGAAUCGAGGAAGAUGGUCGCACCCCUAUUGGCAAGUUCGAUUUGUCCGUGAUCAGUCGGGUUCUCAGAUCCUGGCAAUUCUACACAUUUACACUUGCCUACGCUUUCUGGACCUUGACGGCUGGUUCGUACGUCAUGCAGUACUUUCAAAUCUGGCUGAAGUCGCUUGGCACCUACUCCGUGCCGCAGAUUAACAAUAUCCCAACCGGCUUAGGGGCUGUCAACUUCGUCUUCAUGGUCAGCACCGGUAUCAUCAUUGACAGAAUUGGCAAAUUCAGCCCCGUCUGUUUCGCGGUAGGCUGUCUUUUAACGUUCUGUUUUGCUAUUUUCACCGCUUGGCCUGCAUCGCAGUCUCUCAAGAUGGCCGCUUUCCUGCUCUCGGGCUGCUAUGGAUGUUAUACCCCGAUUUUAGCAGGUUGGGUUAAUUCAACUUGUGGUGGUGAUCAGCAACUUCGUGCUUUGACGCUUGCUUUUAUGGUUAGUUUUGGACAGGCGGUGGUGAUUCCGUUUCAGCAGUACCAGCUGCCUAGUGGGCAGGCGCCGAAAUUUAGCCACACUCAUGGUUGGGCGAGUGCGUUGUGCUUUGUUAUAGCACUGACGCUCUGGACUGGCUUUGGCAUUGAUUUUGUUAGUCGAGUAUUUGGGAAAGGAAAGGAGACUGCGAGGCCGGGGCCAGAUGAGGUGGACCCUGGAUCAUCAGCUUAG